GCGCAUGCGUACUGAAGAAAUCGGCGAGAUUGAGCCGCUGCCGGUAUUAUCAUGCAGAAGUACGAGAAACUGGAGAAAAUCGGGGAAGGGACUUAUGGGACUGUGUUCAAGGCCAAGAAUCGGGACACUCACGAGAUUGUGGCGCUUAAACGUGUCAGACUCGAUGAUGAUGAUGAGGGGGUGCCGAGCUCAGCACUGCGGGAGAUUUGUCUCCUCAAGGAACUCAAACACAAGAACAUUGUCAGGUUACAUGAUGUGCUGCACAGUGACAAGAAGUUGACGCUGGUGUUUGAGUUCUGUGAUCAGGACCUGAAGAAAUAUUUUGACAGCUGCAAUGGGGACCUGGACCCAGAGAUAGUGAAGUCGUUCAUGUAUCAACUCCUGAAGGGCCUCGCGUUCUGCCACAGCCGAAAUGUUCUGCACCGGGACCUGAAACCUCAGAACCUGCUGAUCAACAGGAAUGGGGAGCUGAAGUUGGCAGACUUUGGGUUGGCUCGUGCCUUCGGGAUCCCCGUGCGAUGCUACUCGGCUGAGGUGGUCACCCUCUGGUACCGGCCCCCCGAUGUGCUCUUUGGUGCUAAACUCUACUCCACCUCAAUAGAUAUGUGGUCGGCCGGCUGCAUAUUCGCAGAGUUGGCCAAUGCCGGGCGGCCCCUCUUCCCUGGAAAUGAUGUCGACGACCAACUGAAGAGGAUCUUCCGGUUGCUUGGGACCCCCACGGAGGAGCAGUGGCCGGCCAUGACCAAACUUCCUGACUAUAAGCCCUACCCCAUGUAUCCUGCCACCAUGUCUCUAGUCAAUGUUGUGCCCAAACUGAAUGCCACCGGCCGGGACUUGCUGCAGAAUCUGCUGAAGUGUAACCCAGUGCAGAGGAUCUGUGCAGAUGAGGCCCUCCAGCACCCCUACUUUGCUGAUUUCUGCCCCCCGUAACCUGCGCUUCUCUCUGAGUCCCCUUGUCCUUCUGUCUGAUGUCACCAACUGUCACACACAUCUGCCAGUUACUGCCACUGACUCCGCCCAGUGCAAGCCACCAAUCAUGUGAAGAAUCAAUGCUCUGAUUCGCUGUCAGUCUGUGGGGCUCCUCCUUCAGUUCCUAAUUCUGCAAUGGCCAGAAGAUCACAUGACUAUUCAGGGCCCAACAUUUAACUGCUUGAGUGCCAGAGGCCUAAACCUACCAGUACCCUUGGUUUGUGGGAUACCCCCCCCCCAAGACAUCAGAUCAGAGGGCUCCUUUCUAACCUGCCUCCUCCUCCCCCAUCAUUAUUUAUUCAUUUGGGAGACAUGAAUUCCUCCCCCAGGUAUCAGGUGUAUAUUUUAUGUAAUUAUGUUUAUUAUAUGUAUGAAUUUUGUUUAUUGUUCCCUGUAAAUUUGCCCAAUAUUCUUAGAAAUGCAGUUAUUUUACUGACCCCUCCCCCA